UCGUAAAAAUUAAAAAAAGAAAACAUUCAUGCAGAUUGCAGUAUUGAGUUAGAACAUGUUGAAGUAAAAAUGUCCAGCGAAUCAAACUCUGGUGCGGAUAGUUCAAAUGCACCAAGUUCAAACGAAUCAACAUUUCCUAAGUACACUUCAGAGUGGGAUAACCGUUUUGUUGACAAACUAGGAGUUCGACUUAUAGACAUGAUAGAGGAAGACAUAUUUCAAAUUAUUUUAGGUGAAUGGCGUUUGGUUUGUUUGACCGAGGACGAAGAACAAGAAGUUGAGAACUCUGUUAUGGCUUGUGAUUUGCAGUUAAAUUAUUCAUCUUUGGAGGACGUGCCUGUUGAAUAUAUUUAUGAAAGUAGCUGGAUACUGAGCCCCGGGCAGGUGGAACAGAUUAGACGUUUUCCAUUGCUUAAAAAGUUUCUUGUGAAACUAGACGACUUCAAUUUCAUACUGGCAGAAAUAAUUGUUGGAAGUAAUUCAAAAUCAGCAAUAUAUGGAGGCAGAUAUGAGACAUUAUUUGACAAGGUACUGCAACUCUUUGGAUUAUACACUCUGAACCACUCAUUUAUAAGUCCUGAAAAAGCUUUGAUUCGGGGGAGAAGUAUGUCUUCAAGAGCUGACUUAAUGGUUUGUUCCCAAGCGAGACAAAAAUUUAAGAGGAAAGUUGUUUUUAUUUGUAAGGUGAAAAAAGACUUGAGGCAUGAAGAGCCUGAUUCCUCCCCUCCAAGGAAAAAACUAAGAACGGCCACACAAGAUCAGGAACAACAGGAAUGUGGUUUUAUUGGAGAUCACGAUCUGUUGACCCAGCACAUAGGAGAACUUUUUGUUUACCUGGAUAGCUCUUUGAGCAGGCAGGGGACACUUGGCUUCACUAUUGAAAAGACAUGGGUACGAGUUACAUACCUUGAUGUGACAAAGUCUGGUUGGAGUAAAAUUAAAAACACCCCUGGUAACAGAGCUGGAUCUGUGCAAUACGAAGAAGGGGAGCAACCUCGAUUUUUCUACAGUAAACGUUACAAUUUCUUAAACAGAGAAGAUCGCAAGGUCUUGUUCAAAGCACUCUUGCUCAUAAGGACUAUGCUGGAGAGACGAGACGCUCAUUGACCAUCGACAUGAAAACAUGAAACACUAAACUGCUUAUAUCAGUGAAGUUGCUAUUGGAAGGGAGUGCGAUUUUGCAACAAAAAAAAAACACCCAAAUUCUUAUUACUCUAUUUGAAAAUAAUUGUUACUUGAAAAAUGUUUUGUUUCCUAUGAAAAAUAGGUACAGUUAAAACUUGUAAAAAUCA